AUGAAUGACUACGAACAACGUUUUCAACGAUCACUACAAAAAUUGACUGUACCUUUAUGGUAUACUGAUACCAUCCCAUCGUCGACUAUAAGCAAUAGUACUAGUAAACAAUCGAUUAUCUCAACACCGUCUAUACCGCGGAAACCUCAUUAUCGGCAAACUCAACGCACACCGGAAAUAAUUCAUUUACAACAUCCAUACAAUUAUCGUUCGUGCCGUUCGUCGUUGGCAACAUCACCAUCACCAUCAAUUCAUUCAUGGCAUCCAAAUCAUAUGAUUGAAGGGAUGACAUUUUCUCUCUCAAAGCCUUCAACAUCACGACGACAUCAGAAAUACGAAAAGGGCAUUGAUCGUGUGUCGAAAUCAAGCCGUUGGUAUCGACCGACCCAGUUGACAGAUAAUCAAACAGCAAAUAGUCAAACAGGUACAAUCAAAACAUCAACAUCAAUCAGACAUAAUCAACAAUCGACUGCAAAUAAUCACUAUGAUGCACCGAAAUUUCACUACAAUGCCGAUGCCGAUGGAAGUUUGAUCGUAAAUUCGAAUUGUUUGGUUACUAAUGGUAGCUCUGAAAAUAUUCCCGGCAAUGAGGCAACUGACAAUGUGACUGCAAACGAUAAGCAACAAGACAAUCAUCUUAAUUCAAAUGAAUCUCGAAUAAUGCCUAUGGCAGAUGUGCAAGAAGUUGUCUGUCGCGUUGAAUUAGAAGAUCAAACCGAUGGAGAAUAUGACAAACGAUCAUUAUCGAUGGAUACGAAGAGACCUACCACAGAUUUAUCAUUAUCAAACGAUCAGAUUGAUUAUAAUGUCUUGCUGGAACGUGCGGCAAAUGAUCUAGUUCAAACAGUACUUUCUGAUGUGUAUUUAUUAGAAAAUCUUGAUGACGUUACUGAUGACGAUGAUGAUGAAGAUGAAAAAAAUCGCGGUGUUAGAGAAUUAUCCGACGAUGAAAAUGGUCUUCGAGAAUUAGAUGAAAAUGAUAUGAAUGAUACGGAUGAAUUCAUUGUUUUUGCUACCAAUGCAAGCCUAUCGGACAAUGAUCAACCAUUGACGACGCCACGCUGUAGCCUAAACAGGAUAUACACAUUUUCGAAAGCACAUAAUCACAACAAUAGCAAUAGCAAUAGUACAGAAAAUUCCAAGCAUACGACUUCCGAACAGAACUCCCUAGGAUCAAGAGAUGAUCAAAACGAUGAGCAAACAAUUAGUCUACAGUCAAAUACUAUCACAGAGCAAACUUAUGAGAAAUUUUUGCAUUCAACUCCAAUGUAUCACUAUCUUGUUGACAAACAGGAUAUUGCUUUACCGACAUUUAUUGACAAAAUCAUUUGCCCUUCAAAUCGACACUCACCACCACAUCAAUCAGAGGAAGGCGUUAAUGAGGAAACAGCAAGAAUAGGACGACUUCUACUUGAUAGUAUAUCAACACCAUUAAUUGAAAGUAUUCAUGACUUAUCACCAACUCCCACUUCUAAUGAAUUGUUACUUAGUGAUACUGAAUAUGUCAUAUCAGAUCAAGAUAAUCAUUAUGAAUCAUUUCCAGAUGAUUCACAACGGCAUGAACAACGAAUUCUUGGAAAACAACAGACAGAAUUGCAAAACAAUGUUCGUCGUGAUUCAGCUUAUUCAAGUAAUCAAGAACGAAUCGAUGUGCAGCAAUCCUAUUAUGAAUCGCUCUUCGAAUGUCAUUCUGGUUAUUCAUUUCUUCAAAGUGAUUUUCUUACUCCGAAUAUCUCCUCUGUACAAUCAACUACCGACGAAGCUUACGAAUCCGAGCCAACCACCAUGAGUUCAUCGAUAGCCACAACGACACAUGUUCAUCCCGAUCUCGAACACGAAUUCGAGUAUCCUGUACCUCCUCCACCUGUGCCAGACCGCCGUCUCAAACCUGCCUAUCUAAAAGCAUCGCCGACAACAACAUCAUCAUCUCCAGUGUUGACGAAACCUUGUCUAAUUAAACAGAAUACUGUUGAUUCAGCUGGAUACAGUAUCAUCCAAAAACCUAAACCGUCACCCCUAAUUGCUAUACAACAAUUGAUUACUUCUACUGCUAAUAAUUCGACUGCCUCAGCGACGAAAACAAUGAGCAGUCGGCAUUAUUGCGGUACAAUACCCGUAUCAAAUGAAGUCACUCAAUCAUCUGUCAAUUCUGUUACACCAGUGAAAACAAACGAACAGUCAAAAGAUAAGAAAAAAGAGAAACGAACUAGUAAAACAUUGAAUUGUCUGCACCCAUCGACUGCUGAUGAACAAGAUCAUAAGCGACAUUUAUUACCAAAACUACCGUUAUCAUCACUAUCGAAUAAGGCUAAGAUUAAAAAGCAAAAAUUGAUUACCAAUAUUGAUGAAGCAACUAACGGUUUAGCAAUUCGUCUACCGGCUCCAACAUCCAAUGGAUCGAGUUCAGUAGACAAACAAAAUUCCCACAAGUCGUCAGCACUCUCUUCAAUCAAACGAACGAAUGGAAUGACGAAAACUCGGCAACUUCCUGAACAUGUAAAAUCAGCUCGACCGGCAUUCUAUGAAACAUCAGUUUAA